AGAGAAAGGUAUCCACUAAGUUGAUACCGUUUAUCGCAGCAACAUAGCUAAAUACUAAAUAAUCAUGAAAGCCGCCAUCAUCUUCGCCUGCCUUUUGGCUGUUGCCUUCGCUCGCCCCAAUCCCGAUGCUGAAAUCGUCAAAUUGGACUCUGAUGUUGGACCCGAAAGCUACGUAUACUCAGUGGAAACCAGUGAUGGUACCAAAAAGGACGAAUCUGGAAAACUGAAGGAUGUUGGCUCUGACCACGAAGGAAUCGUCGUCCAAGGUAGCUACUCCUGGGUGGAUGAGAAGACUGGCGAGAAAUUCACCGUGACAUAUGUUGCUGACGAGAACGGUUUCCAACCUUCAGGCGCUCACUUGCCCGUUGGACCAGUUGCUUAAUUAAAUCAGAUGUCUGAUACGAAUUCAAUGGUUAUUUUAUGAGUUUUUUAUAAAGA